AGCUGAGCAGAGAUUCUGCAGCACAUCAAUAGUUUCCAGCGCUGGACGGGACAGAGGUGGACCUCCUGCCCCAAGACCUUUCCCCUGGGCGUUUGCUGGUGGGAAGCGAGGAAGAGCUGAUUCUCACACUCUGGGAUUUUUGCCUAGCUAAGGGGCCUAGGCUGGUGGGAGAGGCACUGGGGGCCGUUGCAGGAUCUUUCUGGAAACGCCCAACAAGAAAGAUGUCAGAUCUGCCCUCACUCUUCCUCCACCUCCUCCUGUUCAGCAAGUUGGUGGCCCCGGUGACCUUCAAGCACCACAGCUACGGUGACCUGGUGAGGACCUUGUACAAAGUGCACAACGAGUGUCCGUAUAUCACUCGCAUCUACAGCAUCGGGCGCAGCGUGAAGGGAAGACACCUCUACGUGCUGGAGUUCAGCGACAACCCGGGAAUCCAUGAGCCCUUGGAGCCAGAAGUCAAGUACGUGGGCAACAUGCAUGGCAACGAGGUGCUGGGCCGCGAGCUGCUGCUGCAGCUGUCCGAGUUCCUGUGCGAGGAAUUCCGCAGCGGGAACCAGCGCAUCGUGCAGCUGCUGGAGACCACCCGCAUUCACAUCCUGCCGUCCAUGAACCCAGACGGCUACGAGGUGGCGGCCACCCAGGUACAGCCCGCCCGCGCUGGCUACAGCUUUGAUAAUCUGAUAGGCCGAAACAAUGCAAAUGGGGUGGACCUGAACCGAAACUUCCCCGACCUCAAUGCCUACAUCUACUACAAUGAGAAAAAUGGGGGCCCCAACCAUCACUUGCCCCUUCCGGACAACUGGAAAAGUCAGGUGGAGCCCGAGACGCAGGCAGUGAUCCACUGGAUCCGCUCCUUCAACUUUGUCCUCUCAGCCAAUCUCCAUGGUGGCGCCGUGGUGGCCAAUUACCCUUAUGACAAGUCUCUGGAGCAUCGCUUGAGGGGCUUCCGCCGCACCUCCAACACUCCUACGCCGGAUGACAAGCUUUUCCAGAAGCUGGCUAAAGUCUACUCAUACGCGCAUGGCUGGAUGCACCAUGGUUGGAACUGUGGGGACUACUUCCCAGAAGGCAUCACCAACGGGGCCUCCUGGUAUUCUCUCAGCAAGGGAAUGCAAGACUUCAAUUACCUCCACACCAACUGCUUUGAGAUCACCUUGGAGCUGAGUUGUGACAAGUUUCCACGCCAGGAAGAACUGCGCCGGGAGUGGCUGGGGAACCAGGAGGCUCUGAUCCAGUUUCUGGAGGAGGUGCACCGAGGAAUCAAGGGAAUGGUGCUGGACGAGAACAACAACCCUCUCCCCCAGGCGGUCAUUUCUAUAGGUGGCAUCAACCAUGAUGUCACUUCAGGUGACCACGGUGACUACUUCCGACUCCUGCUUCCAGGUACCUAUGUUGUCACUGUCUCAGCACCUGGGUAUAACCCAGAGACAAUGAAUGUGAUCGUGGGUCCUGGGAAACCGAAACUGGUUAAUUUCCAACUCAAGAGAAACACCCCUCCAGCUGCCCCUACGAAGAGAGAUCCCCACUCUCUUCCCAGAGGGAGAGUCCUCCCAAAGAAAACUCAGGCCCGAGUCGCCAGAAGGAAGGCACCUGAGAUGAACGCCACCCUGCCCCUGGCCAAGCUUUAGUGCUGUCUUUCUCCUGGAGCCCUCGGGUUUGUAAUCUGGGAUGUCUUUAAAGAAGUGUUGAAAGAAUGA